AUGCCUCGUCCUGGCAGUCUCAAGGACCCUGACAUAGCUGAGUUAUUCAGCAAACAUGAUCCUGAUAAAAUAUUUGAAGAUCUUCGUGAAAUCGGCCAUGGCUCCUUUGGAGCUGUGUACUAUGCUCGCUGCAAUCUCACCAAGGAGAUUGUGGCUAUCAAGAAAAUGUCUUACCUUGGGAAGCAGAGUGAAGAAAAAUGGCAGGACAUUUUGAAAGAAAUCAAGUUCUUGAAGCAACUGGACCACCCUAAUACCAUAGAAUACAAGGGUUGCUACAAAAGAGAGCACACAGCAUGGCUUGUUAUGGAAUACUGUGUAGGCUCUGCCUCUGACAUAAUUGAGGUCCAUAAACGUCCGUUGCGUGAGGAAGAAAUAGCGGCAAUAUGUGAAGGCGUAGUGUGCGGUCUGUCGUACCUGCACAGUCUAGGGCGCAUUCACCGCGACAUCAAAGCCGGGAACAUUCUGCUGACGGAGAAUGGCACAGUGAAGCUGGCGGACUUUGGUAGUGCGAGUAUAAAGUGUCCAGCAAACAGUUUCGUUGGCACUCCGUAUUGGAUGGCCCCUGAAGUGAUUCUGGCAAUGGAUGAAGGACAGUAUGAUGGAAAGGUGGAUGUAUGGUCGCUUGGUAUAACAUGCAUCGAGCUGGCAGAGAGGAAACCUCCCUAUUUUAAUAUGAAUGCUAUGUCUGCUCUCUAUCAUAUUGCGCAAAAUGAUUCGCCUACAUUACAGGCGCCAGAAUGGACGGAUACGUUUCGAUAUUUCGUCGAGGCGUGUCUACAAAAGAAUCCUCAAGACCGUCCCUCGUCCACUAAACUGCUCUCCCAUCCGUUCAUAACGCGGCCGCGGUCGCCUAAUGUUCUUGUGGAUCUUAUACAGAGGACGAAAGCAGCUGUGAGAGAUCUGGACAACUUGAACUAUAGGAAGAUGAAGAAGAUACUAAUGGUUGAUGCUGACAAUGAGAGUGCUAUAGGUGACAGUGAGGAAACGGCAGAGGAGCGGUCGGGCGGCGACAGCUCCAAGUCGAACUCUGCGACGUCCGAGCACAGCGCUGCCGGCGCCUCCAGCCAGAGCUCCUCGUCAGGCAGCCUGAGGAGGCGGCCGCGUCCACUGAACGCAAACCACCAAAACCAGCAACAGCCGACAUACCAGCAAUACAACCACCAACCAGCUCACUCGGCCAGAGAGAGCGAGAGCCCGGUGCCGGGGUCGCACGACGACUACGUCAACAGGGAGGUCCUCCGGGAUUACGCGAACCGGGACUCCCUGUGCGACGACUACGGGGAUGAUUAUGCUAACCGGGAAGCAAUAAGGGAGGCCCAGAGGGAGAGGGAGCGCGAGAAGCAAGCGAAUGAAUAUAGAGAGUAUGUGAACGCGCCCUCCACGUGGCAGCAGGACAGCGGUGAUGACAAUAGGAACACUCAGCGUAGGCAGUCUCAUAGAGGUGUGAGCAAUAAUGUUUCGGCCGCGAUAUCUCUGGUAUCAGAGCACGGCGCGAACAAUUUCGCUACGAUACGAACCACUAGUAUUGUUACGAAGCAGCAGAAAGAACACAAUCAGGAGAUGCAUGAACAAAUGUCCGGGUACAAGCGUAUGCGGCGCGAGCACCAGGCGGCCUUGCUCAAGCUGGAGGAGCGCUGCAAGGCGGACGUGGAGGCGCACAAGGCGCAGCUCGACCGCGAGUACGACUCGCUGUUGCAGCAACUGUGUCGCGAGCUGGAACGGUUGCAGACGAAACACGCACAAGAACUUGAAAGGAAACAAAAACAAAACGCAGCGGCCGAAAAGAAACUCGUAAAAGAUAUAACAGCUCGUCAAGAACAAGAGCGGAAGGCGUUUGAGACGCAACGCAAGCGCGAGUACAAGGCUAACAAGGAGAGAUGGAAAAAGGAGCUCAGUAUGGAUGACGCCACGCCUAAACGGCAGAGGGAUGCUACACUACAGUCCCAGAAGGACAACCUGAAGCAGGCGGAGGCGGUGGAGGAGGCGCGGCUGGUGCGCUCGCAGCGGGAAUACCUCGAGCUCGAGCUGCGGCGCUUCCGACGUCGCCGCAUGCUCGCGUUGCAUCAUAAGGAGCAGGAGCUGCUUAGAGAGGAGUUGAACAAGCGACAAACGCAAUUGGAGCAAGCACACUCAAUGCUUCUUCGUCACCACGAAAAAACGCAAGAACUCGAGUACAGGCAACAGAAAGGCGUUCAUGCACUAAGGGAAGAACAACUAGCCAACCAGCAUGCGACGGAGUUGGCGAACCAGCGCGACUACAUGCAGCGCGCUGAGCACGAGCUACGUAAAAAGCAUGCUUUACAGCUUAAACAACAACCUAAGAGCUUAAAGCAAAAAGAAAUGCAGAUUCGUAAGCAGUUCCGUGAGACGUGCAAAAUACAGACGCGCCAGUACAAAGCACUCAAAGCGCAAAUAUUGCAAAUGACGCCUAAGGAGCAACAAAAAGAAGUGAUAAAAUCAUUAAAAGACGAGAAACGUCGCAAGCUUGUUCUUCUUGGAGAGCAAUAUGACCAGAGCAUCAGUGAAAUGUUGCAGAAACAAACCGUACGCCUCGAUGAGAGUCAGAUGAUGGAAUGCCAGCAGCUGAAGAUGCAACUGGUCCACGAGUUGGAUAUGCUAACCGCGUACCAGAGCAAGAGCAAGAUGCAGGCAGAGGCGCAGCGUAACCGCGAGCGGCGCGAGCUGGAGGAACGCGUAGCAGUGCGGCGCGCGCUGCUUGAGGCUAAGAUGGAGUCGGAAGGCGCCCAGUUUGUGGCCGAGCGUGCCGAGCGCACGCGGAUGCUGCACGAGCGUCACGAGCGCGAACUUGAGCACUUCGACAGCGAGAGUGCACGUCUUGGUUUCAGUGCGAUGGCGAUUGCGGAGGGAAGCCGAGAGGGCUACGGAGAGGAAGAGCAGUCGCUCUCAGGCUCAAUGCUGUCGCUCGCCCACAGCAACUCCUCUGCCAGCUUUCCCGCUGGCUCACUU